AUGGUUCAAAUAUUGGACGCAGGCUACGGCUACGGCUUUGUGGUGGGCCUCGGGGCAGCCUUCGCACUUAUCAUGAUUCUGGUCACAAAAGUAUUGACAAAAUACAUGGGUGAGGUUCAAGAUUCGGAGCAUUUUUCGACGGCGUCGCGUUCUAUCAAAUCCGGCUUAAUUUCAUCUGCCGUGGUGUCAUCGUGGUGUUGGCCCGGUACCCUUCUUUCUUCGUGUGUUUAUACCUAUAGGUAUGGUGUCGCCGGUGGCUACUGGUAUGGUAUCAGCGGUAUCAGCCAUUCGAUGCUUUUCACUCUUAUUGCGCUUCAGAUGAAAAGAAAGGCUACUGGUGCCCAUACAAUCGUGGAGAUUGUCAGAGCUCGUUUUGGAAAAGCUGCUCAUUGUGUCUACCUAUUCUAUUCUUGUGGUACCAACACCAUUAUCGCAAGUAUGUUAUUGCUUGGCUGUUCCCAGGCAUUUGCACAUGUUGCCGAUAUCCACAUCGUGGCGUGCGCAUUUCUAUUUCCAAUUAGUGUUGCUGCUUAUACUAUGCUGGGUGGUUUGAAAAGUACUUUUUUGAGUGAUUGGAUCCACACUGUCAUCAUCUAUUUGGUGAUUAUCUGUUCCCUCUUGGUUUGCUACUGCACCUCUGAUCUAAUUGGAUCUACGGGUAAAAUGUGGGAUUUACUGCACGAGGUCUCAAAGACACAUCCUUCUGCUGGUCACGAAGGCAGCUAUUUAACGUUUUCGAACAAGGCUCUAGUCAUGCUCGCAUGGAGUCAAAUAAUGAGCGGAUGGGCUACUGUGUUUGCGGAUCCAUCUUAUGGUCAAAAAGCUAUCGCUGCUAAGCCUAUGUCCACUAUUUCUGGUUACGUUAUUGGAUCCUUAUGUUGGUUCAUUAUUCCCUGGAGCUUUGGUCUUGGAACUGCUUUGGCUGCAUUAGCCCUCACCAACAACCCUGCUUCCCCAACGUACCCACAUCCCAUUCCGGCCAUGGAAGUCAACAUGGGCAUGCCUUUACUGUAUGGUCUAUAUGCGAUAAUGGGAAAAGCUGGGGCGGCUGCUGGUAUUUUAGUUCUUUUCCUUUCGUGCACGUCAUCGUUAUCUGCUGAGUUAGUCUCCUUCUCCUCAGUGGUGACAUAUGAUAUCUACAGAGCUUAUGUGAAACCUGAAGCAACCGGAAGGCAACUUGUUACCGUUUCUCAUAUCUCUGUGGUUGUUUUUGCGCUAUUCAUCGCUGGACUGACCGUAAUGUUCAACUAUAUUGGUAUCACCAUUUCUUGGAUUUUAACGUUCAUUGGUAUUAUUUUAGGUGCGGCUCCCGUCGGAAUCACUCUCACUUUGUUCUGGCCCAGAAUGAGCAAGUACUGCUUCUAUUACGCGUUACCUCUUGGAUCUGCAACUGGUCUUUGCUGCUGGAUUGGUGCCUGUAAGCACUUUUACGGAGCUGUCAACAAGGAUAACCUAGCCCUUGUCAAUUCCACUAUCAUAGCUAACUUCUCCACCUUUGGAUCAACUGUGCUGUACUGUGUUAUCGUCAGCUACCUAUUCCCUAGUGAUAAUUCCUUAGAAGAUCUGGGUGAGAAAUUUCAGAUCGGUGAUGAUGCCAAGGCAAGCGAACAGAAGUUGAUGCAACUGGAUGAAGCCACAAAGGCGAAGCUAGACAGAAUCUUUAAAUGGGCAUCUUUGGGGGUUUUCUGUAUCUGGUUGUCUUUCACGUUCAUCCUCCCAUUUCCAAUGUAUGGCCAAAAAUAUAUUAUGUCCAAACGAUUUUUCAAAGGAUGGGUGGUCGUCAGUAUUAUUUGGCUGUUCAUUGCGUUCUUGUACAUCACAUUUUAUCCCAUUUAUGAGAGUCGCUCUGCUCUGUAUCACUUCUUCCGGAAAGUUAUGGGUAAGGAGGAAAGCGAAAAGGUUGUAUUCUUAUAUGGUGAAGAAGUUGAAAGUACAUCCUCUGAACAUGGCGGAAAAAACUCUGUCGUGGAAGCUAUUGCUGAAAAGAGCGGCAACUCAGUAUCAGAGCCAUAG